AUGCAGUAUUUCAGAGAGGUGGUGGCAGGCCUCAGAAAAGAUGUUACAGAUCUGGGUGAGAAAGUAUCCCAUACUGAGAAUACAAUUGAGGAACAAGCAGAGGUACAUAAUAACAUGACUGAUGCCUUUAAGGAAAUGGAGCAAAAACUACAGGCCUGUACCGAGAAGAUUAACAACCUGGAAGAUAGGUCCAGG